AUGGCGCAGGGUCCCCGUGGCACCGGGGUGAUUGACACCUUGUCCACGCUGUCCUGGACCCCCAUCGCACAGAGCAAAGGCUUCAUACCCUUCCCCACGGAGGACUGUGUUGGGGACGAUGAAAUCUACAGUGGUCUCUCAGACCUCAUUGACGACACAGUGGAGGACGACGAUGACCUCUACGACUGCGUCGAGGCCGAAGAAGACGAUGGGGACGACAUCUACGAGGACCUCAUGCGGGUGGACGUUCCCCCCUCCGCCAGGGCGGAGGUGGACAGGCGGCACUGCUGCCUCCAGGAGCUGAGGCAGACGGAGGAGAAGUACACCGAGACCCUCGAGUCCAUCUGCACGGUGGGGGAUAUGGGGUCCAAUUUUGGGUCAAUUUUGGGUCAAGUUUUGCCCAUUUUGGGUCUGAUUUCGGGUCCAAUUUUGGGUCCAUUUUGGGUCCAUUUCUGCCCAUUUUGGGUCCAAUUCUGGGUCACUCGUGGCUCCAUUUUGGGUCCCAAUGUGGGUUCCGUCUGUGGGGUGCGGUGCCGUCGUUUUGGGGUCACUUUGGGCGGAUUUGGGUCCUGCAGGUUCCUGCUCUAUGGCCGCUACUGCAGCCAAGUGGAGGCGGCCGCGAGGAGACUGGACCAGCUGGCGGCCGGCACCGACCUCCGCAUGAAGCUGCACCCCAGUCCUUGGCGCAGUUCGGGCGCCCCAAAAUCGAUGGGGAACUGAAGGUGUGCAGCAGCGAGCGGCGCUCCAAGGCGGACAGGUACGGAUUCCUCCUGGACAAGGCCCUGAUCAUCUGCAAGCGCCGUGGGGACGCUUACGAGGCCAAGGACGUCGUGGACCUACAAAGCCACCAGCUGAGGGACAGCAGCCUUGGGCCCAGGGACGGCAAGAAGUGGUCCCACACCUUCCUGCUCAUCAACACGGCCGGGCUGCAGGGCUACGAGCUCUUCUUCAAGACGCGUGAGCUGAAGAAGAAGUGGCUGGAGCAGUUCGAGAUGGCCCUCUCCAACAUCUUCCCGGAGCACGCCCUGGCGGAUGGACACGACUUCCAGAUGUUCUCCUUCGAGGACACCACAUCCUGUAGGGCCUGCCAGAUGCUAUUGCCCCCCAGCUCACGAGCCGUUCCUCUUCUUGUCUCAGAUCCGAGCUCUGGCAACAGGAAGAUCAAGCCCCAGCGUCCGGGCCAUGAGAACAAACCGGCGGACCUGGGGUUGCCGAAGAUGGAGGCAAGCCAGCACUACAGCGGGGUGCCCCCACCGCCGGGAAAUGUGGGUCCUGCCCUACGUCUCAGCCCCGGGGACAUCGUGGAGGUGACGGUGGCGGAGGUGGAGCAGCUGUGGUGGCAGGGCAGGAACGUGGUCAAUGGUGACACGGGCUGGUUCCCCUGCGCUGCUGUCCGACCCUUCAUCUGCGCACCGCUGCCGGAUCUCUCUGUCUACCUCUGGUACGCCGGCCCCAUGGAACGGGGGGAAGCGGAGCAGAUCCUGACACCCCGCUCUGAUGGCACGUUCCUGGUGCGGCAGCGGGUGAAGGACACGGGAGAAUUCGCCAUCAGCAUCAAGUACCGUGCGGAGGUGAAGCACAUCAAGGUGAUGACAGCCGAAGGGCUGUAUCGCCUCAACGAGAAGAAGGCCUUCAAGGGGCUGGUGGAUCUGGUGGAGUUCUACCAGUGCAACUCGCUCAAGGAUUGCUUCAAGGCUCUUGACACGGCCCUGCUGGUGCCCUUCAAGGAACCUGAGAGCCGGGCCAGCCCCCGGCCCCCCGGGGCCGUGCGCAGCUUCGGGUCGGCCAAAGCCCGCUACGAUUUCUGCGCCCGCGACCGGACGGAGCUGACGCUGCGGGAAGGGGACAUCAUCCGUGUCCUCAGCAAGAAGGGGCACCCGGGCUGGUGGAAAGGGGAGAUCUACGGGCGG